CCAGCUGCCGCGACUGGGAGGAGCGCCGCAGCGCCGAGGCCCAGCGAUCUCUUUGUGAGAGCGAGCGAGCAAGAGUCCAGGCUGCACAAAAGCAUACCCUGGUGUGGACCCUGCGGCAGAGCCCCCCUGCGGACUGGCACCUGCCUCUGCCGCCAGAGGAGAAGGACGAGGGACGAGUGACAAGCGCCCCUGCUUAGGCCUGUGCUCCUUCUUCUGGUCCAUUUCAAGUGAGGUUCUCAGCCCAAAGGACCGUGACUGGCCCACACAGCCUUGGGGGUCCCGCCUGGCUUGAAACCCAGAGUGGGUGGUCUCCAGUCCGACUUGCCCACUCCUUACCUGUGUGUCACUCAUCCCAUGAUGCUCUGGAAGACAACUGUACCCCUCCACAGCUUCAUCUGUGAGCAGCCAGGUCAUGCUGGCCCACGGACCCCCUGGACAACAGGACACAGCAGUCCUGGGAUCUAGCACCCUCAGGUCAAUGCAGGAGCUCAACGGUUGUGCUGCUGUGAACACCUUUUCUGUCCUGGAGAAACAGGCCAGCGUGUCCCAGGCUUAGUGACCGCGUAUUGCCAACUCCCAGCACCCAAAGCAUGGAGUUGCCACUCUGCUGCAGCCUACUCAGACCCACUACAGACGAAGAGCGGGUAGGCUGAGCAGGAAGGGGCCGCCAGCCCCUCUGCACCAGCUUGCUUCACCUCUUCGGCUUCCAGGUAGGCCCAGGAAGACUCUAGUUUUAAGAAAUGAACACCUUGGGGCCAGCAGGUGGCAUGGUGGUUAAGGCAGUGGACUCCCACAUGGCGGACCGCCGUUUGAGUCCUGGACCUGGUGGCUUGCUUUCUCACUUUCCCUCUCUUUCUGAUCAAAUUGAAAAUAAUAAUAAAUAAAAUUAUAGAAUUCCUUAAGAAAUAAAAAGUAAUGAACACUCAACACCGUGGAACACACGACCUUGCAUAAAGAGGGUCCACGGACCCCGCUUACGAAAUGCAAGUGUAAGACACGUGGGAUUUCCAUCUCGGUCCCUCAACAUUUGCCCUGGUUGCUGCUGUACCAAGAGCCUUUUUACACGUUUGGUUCCAAAUAGAAGCUGAACAUUAAAUCCAUGUGUGUGAGAUUUUACACCCGUA